AUGACACUGGAACCACGGGUAGUCGAUACGAUCCUACUGCGUCGAACAGCGCCUCAGGGGAUCGGCGAGUCCCAUUUCGUCAUCGGCGGACUGUGGGGUAUCGCGAAACCGAAUCCGGAUGGGACCGUCCAUGACGAGUCUACUGUAAUGCCUUCUCCCUCGGACGCCGCCGCGACAAAACUGACAGAUCUCGUGCACCGCGCGCGUGCCUCUGUGACUCCGGAAGUCAAACCCGCCGUUGGGCGCCCGGUGGAACCCGAGCCCACCGUGGGCAUUGGACGUGCUAAACCACUUUGA